AUGAGUUUGAUGCCAUUAUCCAUCUAUAAGAAAUUAGGAAUUUGCACCGUUCAAGAUACUUAUGUGAUGCUUCAAUUUGCUGAUCGCUCUGUUAGACGACCAUAUGGGACAGUAGAAGACGUUCUGGUAAAGUUUGACAAGUUUGUUUUCCCAGUUGACUUCGUCAUUCUGGAAAUGCCCGAAGAUGGGGAGAUUUUUCUCAUAUUGGGCAGACCAUUUUUAGAGACAGGACGAUGCAUGAUAGACAUAGAGGAAGGAACGAUGACCCUCAAAGUCUAUGAUGAAGAGCUAAAAAUUGAUGUGCAGAACAUGAUGCAAUACAAAGAUGAUGUUGGCACAAGCCACACUGUAGAGAUAAUAGAUCAGGUAAUUGCUCAAGAAAUUGAAAAGAAAAUGCCCCAAUCACCGUUAGAACGUGUUUUGAGUAUAUCAAUUUUUGAAAGUGAUGAAGAUGAGGGAAAUUCUGAAGUGCUCGAUAUGAUGGAAAAACAACCUGAAUGGAUUAUAUCUAAACCACACCGGUGGGAAGAUUUAAGACCACCUCCACCAUCAAAUAUCACUCAAGAACCCAAAACAGGGGCAAAUCUGAAACAGUUACCAGCAAAUUUGAAGUAUGUAUUUCUAGGUACUGAAAAAAAAUGCCCAGCUAUUAUCAACGCUAAUCUACAAAGUGUCCAAGAAGCAUAA